AUGUUCUUCUCUUCCAGUCUAGGUUGUAAAAGAUGCAUUAUCGUGGGCAAUGGUGGUAUCUUGGCCAACAAGUCUUUGGGCUCGCGCAUAGAUGAUUACGACGUUGUGGUGAGGUGAGUACUUCCAAUGGAAGGGCAACAUGAUGCCAGUUAAGAGGGUAAAGAUGAUAGUUCAGCUAAUUACUCUAGCACUGGUUAGAUGUUAAUGGACUUGGGGUUAGUUUGAUUAUCUGCGGCUGGCACCCAGGCUAUGAAAAGUCCCCAGUCAUGUUGUCAUGUCAACACACAACGUAUUCGCCCCAUAGCAUUUCUUCUCUAACCGCAGGUUGAACGAGGCUCCGGUGACUGGUUUCGGCAAGGACGUGGGCACCAAGACCACCAUGCGUAUCACCUACCCCGAGGGGGCCAUCCAGAAGCCUGAGCGUUACGAGAAGGACUCGCUAUUCGUUUUCUCCGCCUUCAAACCGCUGGACUUCAAGUGGCUCAGACAAAUGGUCUUCAAAGAGAAACUGGUGAGGCAUACGUCAAGGCUGACUUUUACCUUUUAUUAA